GGGACACGCACCGGGAGACUCCAGGCGCUUCCACCUCUGCAAAUCGCGCCGGCCCCGCGCCCCAGCCGUGCAGGAGCGACCCCUCCAGAAUGAAAAAGGCAAACGUUGACCUCACUAUGAAAAAGUUUCAAGGUUCACAGCAACAUUACAUUCAGUGGAAGCCAUGUGGGUGACCAACCUCCUGGCCCUCUGUGCCCUAGCGGCUGCAGUGCCCUCGGAAGAUAAGAAGCUGAGCGAUAAGGCAACCGCCUUAGCUGACCGCAGCACAAUUCUCGCCUUCAACCUCUACCACACGAUGGCUAAAGACAAGAACAUGGAGAACAUCCUCAUGUCUCCCGUGGUGGUGGCCUCCUCGCUCGGCCUGGUGUCACUCGGUGGCAAGGCCACCACAGCCUCCCAAGCCAAGGCCGUGCUCAGCGCCGACAAGCUGAAUGACGACUACAUUCACAGCGGGCUUUCAGAGCUCCUGAACGAGGUCAGCAACUCCACCGCCCGCAACGUCACCUGGAAGCUCGGGAACCGCUUGUAUGGCCCCAGCUCCAUCAACUUUGCUGAUGAUUUUGUGAAGAGCAGCAAGAAGCACUACAACUACGAACACUCCAAGAUCAACUUCAGGGACAAGAGGAGCGCUCUGAAAUCUAUCAACGAGUGGGCAUCCCAGACCACCGAUGGCAAGCUCCCCGAGGUCACCAAAAACAUGGAGAAAACUGACGGGGCCCUGAUCGUGAACGCCAUGUUCUUCAAACCGCACUGGGAUGAGAGGUUCCAUCAGCAGAUGGUGGACAACCGUGGCUUUAUGGUGACCCGUUCCUACACAGUGGGAGUUCCCAUGAUGCACCGCACAGGUCUGUACAACUACUUUGAUGAUGAGGCUGAGAAACUUCAGAUUGUGGAGAUGCCUCUCGCUCACAAACUCUCAAGCAUGAUCUUCAUCAUGCCCAACCACGUGGAGCCUCUGGAGAGAGUUGAGAAGCUGCUGACCAGAGAGCAACUGAAAACUUGGAUCGGCAAGUUGAAGAAGAGAGCCGUGGCCAUUUCCCUGCCGAAAGUCAGCUUGGAAGUCAGCCAUGAUCUUCAGAAACACUUAGCGGACCUUGGCUUGACUGAAGCAAUGGACAAGAACAAGGCUGACCUGUCCAAGAUUUCAGGCAAGAAAGAUCUCUACCUUUCCAACGUCUUCCAUGCCGCGGCCCUCGAGUGGGACACCGAGGGAAACCCCUUUGAUGCUGACAUCUACGGCCGAGAAGAAAUGAGGAACCCAAAACUCUUCUACGCCGAUCACCCAUUCGUCUUUGUGAUCAAGGACAAUAAAACCAACUCCAUUCUUUUCAUUGGCAGGCUAGUGAGGCCCAAAGGGGACAAAAUGCGCGAUGAAUUGUAGUUUGAAUUUUCAGGUUUUGGUGGGGAUUUUUUAAAUGGGGAAAUGUUCUUUUGUAUUCUCUACGAACUGAUGGGUGCUCGCCGGACCAGAGUGCAUUUUGAUAUUAAAUCCAGCAUAUACUUUACCUCGCCAGAAUAUUCCACCAAAAGAAAAUGCGUGGGAGGAACAGGGGAGGUGGGAGGGAGAGGGGUGAAAGGGCCAGGAACAAUGGGAAGGACCAGUUCACUGGGAUUCUGUUCCCAAUCAGUGGCAUAUCUGUUGAGAUUUUAGGUUACUGUCUGUGUCUUCUUCCUCCUUCCUGCAUAGAAUAAAGCCUUCUGCCAAGCAUGAUGGCACCAUCUGCCAGGAUGCAAACUGUCAGCUGAGGCCACAGUAAAGGUUCCAGCCCACGCACUUGCAUAACAGUCUCCGUUGUGCCCUUUGUUCUAGACACGUGGAGUGCUGCAUCCCCAUCUGUCUUCCCUGACAGCUUCCUUCAGCUUUGUGCUUAGGGGACAGCUUGCCUCCCACACAUCCACUGCCCCUGGUUCCUUGCCCUGAGGGGUUUCUUGACUGAGCUGGAAACCAGGGAGCUGGUCCCUUUAUCUGUUCCCUCCUUGAAGUUCUUCUGCCUGCAUCUUACUUGGUAAAGAGAGCGGCAGGGACAGAGCGUGCUCCCGCUUACAGUGACUGACAGCAGUGGGGGCACUCCUGACAGAUGCAGGUGUAAGGGAGAGGAGAAGUGAACCCCCAGGAGUUAGUCUAACCAUUUUGGUUACUUUAGAAGGGGAAACAGACUGUAACCAACAGCCAUACAAGUAAGUAGGUGCUCUGAUGCUGUGGCCGACAUACAAACAUAGAAGUAGAAUUUUCCCUGUACCUUCUAAACCACUUAGCCAUUCUCUGAAAUGUGUCAUAUUUCCCCAGCUCCUUCCCGUUGAACACAGACUAAAAACCUAUCCCCGCCUUAGCCAUGGACAGCUGAAAUCUUGCAAAAAUCUGCUUCGUUGGGAAUAACCCUAUUUAAAAAAAAACCAACACCUUAAAUCUCACAGCACUGAGGUGUCUCAGCAAGGGGGCCAAGGCCAGAAUGGGCCAUAGGGAUUAAGAGACCCUUUUUCAGGUGGUCCCUUCAGCAGAGAGAUGUGCAGUUGGGGGAGGGGUGAUUUGCUCUGCAGCUAGCUGUGCUUUACCUGCUCUGGGGCUCAAGAGGAUUUCAGGCUAGGGAGCUACCGACAGACAACUCUCCCCAGCACUGGGCUUGCCAUCGAAAGGUUUUAUUAACUCCUUAGAAGGGAGAGAAAGAAGUUCACAUACCUUGGUGCUUUUGUUUCAGUCUGUCAGGACAGACUGGGCAAGAAACAGUUUACAUUGUGAAGGUUCUCUCUGCAAUUAGGAAGUUAGAGCCCAAACCAUCUCCCAAGGGGAAGAUUCCCGCUGACACCUCUCUAAGAUCUUCCACAGCCUGGCUUCCUAAUGACCCUUUCUACACAAUCAUCUUCCCAAGAGGUUUCAAUCCCCAGUGGCUGACCUGCGGAAGGCACAUAGGGUAACACUUGUAUUUAUAGCUAUAUAUUUAUGCGUGAGAAGUGGUAAGUCUCAUGAUCCAAUUCCAGCCUAGAGUUGAUGGAUCAAAGUGAAUUUUCCCCAAGGGACAUUAUCAGGUUGAAGCUUGUAUUUAAAAAAAA